AUGAAGUUCACCCUACUCGCUGGUCAUUUCCUGACUUUUGCUGCCGCCAGUGCAGUACCUAUCCUCGAAGGCAACCUAGCCACAAGAGAGCUCCAACCUGGUGAAAUCAUACUCAUCAACGGCAAUAAGACGGAUGUUGUUACUGAAGCCGCGCUCCACGAGUUCUAUAAAGCGGAAGGCAUUCUUCUCGAGAAGCCUGCCAUUGACGAGGAGUGGCUCAACUUCGUCCCCGAGCUUGUCAACGAGACUUCGGCUGAACUUUCGGCCCGUCAGAUACGGUGCUCUCCUACCACAUCUCUGGUUGUGGAUAGGCAGGAGAGAUUCGUCGAUUGGGACGUGCAAAUGUCCCCAGUUGUUCUUGGAGCUGGCGCCGGCAUUACCCUCAGGGUUGAGAGUGGCUGGACUGUUUCCAACGCCGUGUCUGUUUCGGCUGGUGUUGACGGCACUUGGGUAAAGGAAAGGCUCUCUACCACCUUUGGGGUUAGCUACACUCGGACUUGGACCUCUGUCACGUCUCAGAGCUACCAGGUCCCGAUUCCCGCAGGCCAGCGUGGAGUCUUUGUUACGCAGCCCUGGACGAAUCGCAAAUACGGCCGCACCUUCCGGGGAUGCCCUGGUUCAAUGGUCCAGACCGGAACCUUCAUGGCAGACUCGCACGAAGAAGGAUCAUACGAGAACUCUCGCUGGGUCUCUGGCCAAAUUACUGCUUGCAUCAAGCGCUAUGGACCCAAGCAAGUAGGAAAGAGAAUGACUCGCUGCAACGGACAGGGCGAGUUUCGAUGA